GGAUUAGUUUGUCUAUAUUGUUUAAGGCAUGAAUGAGUCAGUCCCUGAAUCUGUGGAAGACAAUGGUAAUUCAGUCCCUGCAAAUGGAUUAUUAGUAUUACUUGAUAAUGAUCAUGAGGAAGGAGGUGUUGGAUCACCUCAACGAUCGAACAGUGUUGAAUCUCCGGGUGGAUCAGUACAUUCUACGAGGAAAGGUUUUGGAUUGAAGAAAUGGAGAAGGAUUAAAAGAGAUGGUCCUGUGAGAGACGAGGCUGCUCCUGUUGAUGAUGGUAGUAAGUUUCUGAAGCGUGGAUUGGCUGGUUUGGUGAAUCCUCCUUCUAAACAUGUUGACUUUUCUUCAGUUGAAGCAAGGCAGAGUAGUGAAGGCUCUGUUGGGUCUGUGAAUAUGGUGCAUCAUCCAGGGGUAGCCAACGAGUUUAAUCCCGAUAUAGGUUGUAUGUUUGCUGUUGGCCAAGCGUUUGAGAAAAGUGAAGAGCAUAGUGGUAAUACCAUAGGUGCAAAGAAUGUAGUAGGAGGGAAGAUUGUUUCAGGUAGCCAAGAGAAACUCUGGAGUGAUACCAUCAAGAAGGCUAGCGAGGAGUGGGGGAAUAGUGAGAAGGAGAAUCCUUGUUCUAGCUUGGAUUCCGACUUGAGAAGUAGCGAUUUUGUGUUUUCGAGUGGCUCGGUUUCUGUUACUAACCAUGGAGAGAAAGAUGAGAGAUUGACGAUGAAUUAUAUUGGGGGAUUUAGCAAUGAAGGUCAAGUUCAGGAGGAAGUUCAAACAUAUAGCAGAAGCAAAAACGGGUAUAAAGAAGACGAUGGAGAUGAGAGUAAGAAAAACAAUAAUCAUUGGGCAGAUAAAGAUCCACUUGCAGAUUCUAUCAGAAGCUUUGCAGCUCUGCAGGAAGCUCUUUGGAAAGAGGUUCAAAGUUUCCAGGAGCUGGGUAAGGAAUCUAUACUACUACAUUCAAACACCGAUGAAUUGAGUGCAGACCAACCAAGUCAAGAAAAUUGUAGAGAAGAUAACUCAACAUCCUCAGGAUCAAAGGCACUGAUCUUGAAGGAGAAGGUAAAACAUCUGGAACACAAACUAGAGGAAGCGAGAACUGCGCUCGAGGCAAAGGAAGUUAGGAUCCAAGAACUCGAAAACUCAAAGAUUGAAUCUGAACUUGAAGGCAUUUUCCAGAGAAAGAUCGAAACUGAAAUCGAGCAUUUGAUGCUCACAAGAUCUCUGAGUUCACUACAAGUACUCCAAGAACCUAAGAAGUUACAUUCUCUGACAGAAGAUCCAGGAUCAAACCGUGGAGACAUCUUUGGAAAAACAUACAACAAGAGAUGCGACGAUUCCUCUGCUCCUGCCAAAUAUGAUGAUCUUGUCCGUAACUCUGCUCUCUUCUGGGAUAAGCUCCGAGCUGUUCUCGGACUAACCAGCCAAACUUUGAAGGUUCCUACUGUGGGAGGGAAUACUCUUGAUCUGCAUCGGCUUUUCAUCGAGGUUACUUCUCGAGGUGGCAUCGAAAGGGUGGUUAAGGAUCGGAAAUGGAAAGAAGUGAUUGGUGCAUUCAGUUUUCCGACAACGAUAACAAGUGCAUCGUUUGUCUUGAGGAAGUAUUAUCUCAAGUUUCUUUUUCAACUGGAACAUGUGUAUUACCUUGAAAAACCAGUGUCUUCAAUCCAGUCAACAGAUGAAGCAAUGAAGAGCCUUGCCAAUGAAUCUCCAAACCCUGAGGAAGGUAUUGAUGAACCACAAGUUGGGUAUGAGGUUCAAGGAUUCAUUGACGGGAAGUUUGAUAACGGCUAUCUGGUGACGAUGAAAUUGGGUUCUCAAGAGCUGAAAGGUGUGAUUUACCACAUUCCUCAAACGCCAAGUCAGUCCCAACAAACCAUGGAAACAGCUUCAGCCGUUGUACCAUCAUCACAACGCCGGCAUAGGAAGAAAUCAAAGUUGGCUGUCGUCGAUACUCAGAAGCCCAAAUGCCACAGGAGUGGCUACAACUUCUUCUUUGCUGAGCAGUACGCUAGGCUUAAACCUGAGUACCAUGGACAAGAACGAAGCAUCACCAAGAAAAUAGGACACAUGUGGAGCAACCUCACUGAAUCUGAGAAACAGGUUUAUCAAGACAAAGGAGUUAAGGAUGUGGAGAGAUACAGAAUUGAGAUGUUGGAAUAUAAGUCUUCACAUGAGUCAGGAGCUGCUGCUUCUACAGUGGCUCAGUAGCUUUUCUCCCAUUUGUUGUCUAUUGUGUUUGUUGUAACAUUGUCUCUCUCUCUCUCUAGAACUUGUUUUUUCUUUUCUUAAAAUUUUAUGUUUUCUAUCAGUUGCAGAAUUUGCCAUGUUUAAUGUUUAUGAUGGCUUUAGAGCUAGUGAAGAGGUUACUAACUGCGAACUAGUGUCUCUCUUGUUUCUUUUAGCAAGUGCCAUUUUGUAGUGUUACGGGCAUAUCCAUAUAUC